AGGUCACUAAUAACAUUCCUUGGCUUCCCUCGCCAAUACUGUUUGCCAGCUUACAUUCCUCACCCUUGAUCUAUUGGUUUAAGAGUAGUAUUUCAUUAGACAGACAAAAUGGCGUGCGGUGCAGUCACAGACAAGAUGGGUGCAGAGUUUCUCGAGUGUCAAAUCUGUUUGGAUGGCUUGCAACAGCCGAAGAUUUUGCCGUGUCUUCACACCUUCUGCCUACCGUGUUUGGAGAGAAUGUUGGAAGCAGAACCGGGAGGUAAGUUCUCUUGCCCGGUGUGUCGACUAGACGUGCCGCUUGCUCAAGAUGGCGGCGCCCGUGAGUUCACAAAAAACUUCAAGCUUGAAGAUGCUACACAGAAGCCGUUGAAAUCGGUGUCUUUCUCAACCCAAGAGCCAGAGACAGCCUGCACUGCAUGUGAUACCGGAUCACAGAGUAUGUACUACUGUAUAGACUGUACAGACUACCUUUGUCAGGUUUGUACGGACGCUCACGACCGUAUGAAGGUAUUCCAGUCACACAGAGUUGUGACGGUAGAAGAGCUCAGGUCAAGUGAGGUUGCAGACGAUCUACGAUCCAGGGAGACCUCCAAGUGCCCUUGUCACAACGAGGUCAACAAAUUCUACUGCACCACAUGCCUUAGUGUCGUAUGCCUGCACUGUGUUGUUGUAAACCACAAGGAUCAUGAUUAUCUAGAAGUCCAAGAAGCAGCCGAAAAGGAAAGAGUAAGACUCAGUGAGAAACUAUCUACAGUACAACGGCGUGUAGAGCAACAGGAACAGUGGUUGGAGCAAGCUAAACCACUACAACAUUCCUGGCCAUCACAGCUUGAGCGUUGCACCAACGAUAUCAACCUCCAAGCAGAGAGAAUGAUACAAGCAGUGGUGAAGGUAAAGGAAGAGAAGAUCGCCCAGCUUCACGCUACAAGUGCUACUCGAGAGAAGCAAUUGAAUGAAGCCAUUGAUGCUGUUGAAGUGGAACUUGCUGCGUCAAAAAGCUUCGUCAGCUUUGCGGACAAGAUGUUGCAGUAUGGCAGCCCUUCAGAGCUUCUAUCAUCGGUAGAGGACUUGCAAGACCUGCUCAAAGAAGUUUCCAUUGAGAAGUCAACCAAUCAAUCAACCAAGGCUUUAAAAAACCUGCGUUUUGACUCGCCGACUAAUGAUUUGGAUGAAGCGAUUGCGACUUUGUUUGGUGGGGUCAAGCAGGUUCGUGCAAGCUUACAACCUCCCUGUACAACAAAGCUGAAAUCAAAGAUGGCAGCUUCUCGUACACACGGUAAGGCACAGCUUAUCAUGGCCACUGGUACCAAGGGCAUGGGAGACUUGGAGUUUCGUUGUCCACUCUCUCUAGCUAUUUCCAUGGACGACGAUAUCAUAGUGGUGGAUAGAGACAACAACAGACUACAAGUUCUAAAGAAAAAUGGUAUUUUUCUAGGAACGGUAGAAUUGGACUUCCAACCUCAGUCUGUAGCGACUCUAACAAACGGUGAACUUUUAGUAACUGGAGACAGACAUAGCAUCCAAGUGAUUGACAAACAUGGGAGGCAGUCACGUGUUCUAAAAGUGGGAGGAGCGAUCGAAGAAGAUGAAGUCACCAACGGCAUUGCUGUGGACAGACAAGGUCAAAUCAUCGUGUCAAUCGCUUACCAAAUAUUCGUUCUCAACACAGAGGGCGAAGUGACGCUUACGUUUGGUGAUAAAGACAGUUUGAACUACGUUCUUUGGGUUACCAGCAACAGCAGCAACCAGUUUGUUGUGAGUGACGAACUGAAUCAUUGUGUAAAAGUGUUUGACUCCUCAGGUCGAAUCUUGUUUUCAUGUGGAUCAGAGGGGGAGGGGGGCGGACAGUUGUGCCAUCCAGUGAACGUCGUCACGGACAAGGAGGACAACAUCAUCGUGGCAGACAACAAAAAUAACCGCGUGUCUUUGUUGGGAAAGGACGGCGCGUUCGUUAGACAGGUCCUGACGGCUGAAACACACGGGAUCAGGGAACCUCUAGGACUGACGCUGACACGAGAAGGGUACCUGGUGGUUUCUGAUAGGAGCUACGAGGAGGGGUGUAUCAAGAUAUUUAGACUAUCAUAAGACAAUAACUUACAAAUAUCAUACUCACUUUAUUGAACAACUGUGCCUUACUGCUACCAGUAUAAAUUUAGAUGUGUAAUGCAUCAUGUAAAAUAUUGUGACUAGCUUGUUUUCACGUAGACGAUAGAAAAGACAAUCUAAGGUAAGAGUAAUCCAACAAGAGUACAGAAGGAAGGAGAAUACAAAGGAGAGCGAACAGUACAAAGCAAACGGCGUUGCAGGUGUCAUGAAACAAUACAAGCUAGUAUUUUGAGUCCCAAAGCCCUAGAAAACCUGAAUCUUGUAGAAUUCAUUUUCUUUGAUAGAAGAGACUGCGUCUAAGAAUGAAAUGAUUUAAUAUUCAUUACUGGGUAACCUUUACCUGUUGUAUUAAAAGAACGGUAUUUAGUGAAAUCAAGUCGACGGUGGUUUCAAACUAUAUUGUUUUGAAAGUAUUUCAAGUUGAAACCAUCGUCCAUCGACUUUAUAUACCUAAAAACCCUGUUGUUUGAAAUAUCGGAUAUAGGUUGCCUGCGGAUAAAGAUGAUCUAGAACGGAGAACAGCACCCAAGAACAGGUCUGUUGUAGAUAGUUUCUUCAGCAUCAGGCAGAACAAAUGGGUGUGUUCAAGAGUUUGCUUAAUUUAUAAACUAAUUAACCAAUUCAGAAUCAAUUAGAAUUAAAUAUCAAGCAUAAAUACCACGGGAUAAAGGCGCAAGCACAAACUUGUCUAAGAGGACCAACCGGGGACAUAUAUGAUAUAGAAUCCAGUCGUUUUAGAAGUGAGAUAAGUUGAGGAAAAGAGAUUGUAUCAAACAAUAGCUUCAUUAUAAGACAGGCCGGUAUUUAUCGGCUGAUCGUCGAUCAUCCAGUCCAUUAUGUACCGUUGAUCCUACAAGAAAUAGCUGUAAGUCCACAAUAUGUUUCAAAACUUUCUCUUGGGUGAAAAUAGCUAUUUGUCUAGAUAUCUAUUAACGUUCCUGCAUACGAUAUCUUUGUCUCAAAUUCAUUUGAUCAUUCAUCAAUAUUGUUUAUGGGGAAUAUAUCUUAUGUAUCUGAAAAGAAGACACAAUGAGCCAUUAAAAGAGGAAAGAAA